CCAUAGAGACAAUGUCACAGUAGACACAUCCGACAAAACUCGACCACGACAACCAGAAAAGACAAGAAAGAUAGAACAAAACAACUUGUCGUUGUUUGAUCAACCGUAUCCAACUUCAAACCCCAGAGAGUCUGAGACAGUUAAGAGGCCAACACAGAAGCUCUGAAAUUACAAUCAAUCAAAACCCAUAUGGAAUUGAAGGAUGAUAUCUCAGAUGAUGCGUAGGCAGCCAGAGCAUGUCAUGACUUCUUACUGGCUGAAAUGGGGACAAGUGGAUCUUUGGAUGGACAACAGCGGUUGGUCGUUAAGGGUAGAUUUGCUCCUAAAAACUUUGAAGAGAUCCUGCAAAGAUACAUAAGUACAUUUAUUAUAGUUUUGUGAUAGACCUACUUCUUACUUUAGUCUAUCUCUAAUCUCAUAGUCUACCAGAUAACAUGUCAUAAGUAGACAUGAUACUAAACUUAUCUAUUUUCAUUAAUUAGCUUCUUCCGUGUAUAUUAUUUUUAUUUGGAUAAGUAGUCAAUUUAUUUAUUCAAUCAAAAGAAUGGUAUAGCUAAAAGUACACAGGAAAUAUAAAAUAGAUACACCUACAGUUAAAUUUUAUAAUUGCAAUGAUCACUCAAAUCUAAAAGGUUAGUAAAAGAAUAAGAUACAAAGAAUGACUUCUCUUUUUGUAAUAUUUUGGGGACCUGGUUUUAUCAAUUCUUGAAAAUUCAGCAUAACGAGCUAUUAGUAAGACUUCUAUACAUAACAAAUUCUUUUGGGGUUUUUCAGAAUGAGCUCAAUUUGUUCUACUACAGCCCAGAUUUCUCUUUUUGGUGUAUUCACUUGUGAUGAAAGAUGAUCAAUGGGAUUGGCAUUGUUUCUCUGCAUGUUUUCACACUCUUUGCUAGGUUGCAUAGGCAACCAGAGCAUGUCAUGACAUUCUUACCAUCUGAAAUGGGGACAAGUGGAUCUUUGGGUGGACAACAGCAGUUAGUAGUAAGGGGUAGAUUUGCUCCUAAAAGCUUUGAAGGGAUUCUGCAAAGAUGCAUAAUUUUGCAGAUUGCUACUUUUGAUCCUACUAAAAAGAAGAAGAAAAAGAAAAAAGGUCUGGGUUUUGCCGAUGAUUCUGUGGAUAAGUUGACUGAGAAAACUGAAAAUGUGGGAGGUAGACAUGAACUCGGCAAAACAAUUGUAUCUGAUGAAGAGGAAGUUCUUAAUGAUGAAAAUGUCGACUCUUGGGAGGAUAUUGAUGUCAUGGAUGAAGAAGGGAAAGGGAUUGUCUUAAUGCAGAAUUCCUGGGAAAGAACUGAUCGAGAUUAUGAAUAUGAAGAGCUUCUUAGUAGGAUGUUCAAUAUCCUCCGCGAAAAUAAUCCUGAGCUAGCAGGAGAUAGACGUAGGACAGUUAUAAGGCCUCCACAAGUUCUACGAGAAGGCACAAAGAAGACAGUGUUUGUAAAUUUUAUGGAUCUCUGCAAAACGAUGCAUAGGCAGCCAGAGCAUGUCAUGACAUUCUUACUGGCUGAAAUGGGGACAAGUGGAUCUUUGGAUGGGAAACAGCGGUUGGUCGUUAAGGGUAUAUUUGCUCCAAAAAACUUUGAAGGGAUCCUGCGAAGAUACAUAAAUGAGUAUGUCAUGUGUAAUUGCUGCAAAAGUCCAGACACAAUUCUUACCGAGGAGAAUCGUCUCUUCUUUCUCAGAUGUGAGCAGUGUGGUUCUAGCCGGUCUGUGGCCCUCAUCAAGGCUGGUUUUAUUGCUAGGGUGGAGCGUCGGAAGGCUGGGACAUGAUUCAGUAUAUCAUAUUUUGUCCUUCUGAAGCAGCCUAAUGUCAAUUAUGAAGUUCAGAUUCUAUCUUGAAUUUUGUAUUGCAAUCCUUAAUUCCUUAUUUUGACUUUUGAAUUUCUUUUUCCUUUAUUUAUUUAUUUAUUUUCCCUUUCUUCUCCUGUUAUUUCAUUUACAAAAUUUUGAAAUUGAUAUUUCCAAUGCUAGCUAGCAAUUUACUAGCACUGUAGAAAUCAUUAAAAUGAAAAUUUAAGCAGUUAUC